AGGCUUUAGACCCCAUUAACAAGCUCGCUGAACCAACCCUUCUUCCCAACAAGAACUGUAACCUACCAAUCAGUUGGUGUCCGUCUGUUGUCAUGGAGCGACUUCAUGUGUUAUUCCUCCAAGUGUCGUGUGUAGUCUCUAUAAUUGGAUCUUGCUAUGGAAGCUACAUGAUCACCACGCCCCGGCAGUGGACUGCGGAGGAGCCUAAUAAAGUGUGCCUCUUCACCACUAGUCGUGUACCAGUAGUUAUCAAAGUCAAUCUCGUGAGCUACAACUAUCCCUUCACCCAGGAAAAUGUACAAAUAACUGAGGCUCUGUUAAAUUUCCCUGCAGGUAAAGGAGCUUGGUGUGAAGAAAUAGUUGUGCCAAAAACUACGUACACUAGUGGCAUAGUGGAACUGACGGGUCAACUGCACGGGACACACUUCAACCACACUGCCCCUCUAAAGCCUUAGACCCAUUUCCCCGAUGAUUUUCAUUCAAACUGACAAGUCCCUCUACCUACCAGGCCAGAUAGUUCAGUUCAGAAUUCUCACACUGUCCGGGCCUUACAUGCACAUCUCUACCCAAAAGUACUCUCUCGUGUGGAUAACUACUCCCUCUGAUACCCGCGUAGCACAGUGGCUCAACGUUG